CGUCUAUUUUUUUCAGACAUUCUUUCUUCCCCGCCUACUAUCCUUGCUUAAAAUAAUCUACAUUGCAAAUGGCCGAUUUUAACGAGAAUGCGGAUGUAGACUCCAUCAUUGAACGACUUUUGGACGUCAGAGGAAGUCGGCCUGGAAAGCAGGUACAGCUUGGCGAAAGUGAGAUUCGAUUUCUCUGUGUCAAGGCACGCGAAAUCUUCAUGAGCCAGCCCAUCCUCCUAGAAUUGGAGGCUCCAAUCAAGAUUUGCGGUGAUAUACACGGUCAAUACUACGAUCUACUUAGAUUGUUUGAAUAUGGUGGUUUCCCACCCGAAGCGAACUAUCUGUUCUUAGGUGAUUACGUUGAUAGAGGCAAGCAGUCGUUAGAAACCAUAUGUCUCCUGCUAGCAUACAAGAUCAAAUAUCCAGAAAACUUUUUCAUCCUGCGAGGUAACCACGAGUGCGCCAGCAUCAAUCGUAUCUAUGGAUUUUAUGACGAAUGCAAGAGACGAUACAACAUCAAGCUCUGGAAGACUUUCACAGAUUGCUUCAACUGUUUACCAAUCGCAGCCAUUAUCGACGAGAAGAUCUUUACGAUGCACGGUGGUCUGUCUCCUGAUCUCCAAAGCAUGGAGCAAAUAAGAAGAGUGAUGCGACCCACUGAUGUUCCGGAUACUGGUCUUUUGUGCGACUUGUUGUGGUCAGAUCCUGACAAAGAUAUUACUGGUUGGAGUGAGAAUGAUCGAGGUGUAUCAUUUACAUUUGGUCCGGAUGUUGUUAGUAGAUUCUUGCAAAAGCAUGAUAUGGAUCUCAUUUGCCGUGCGCACCAAGUUGUUGAGGAUGGAUAUGAAUUUUUCGCCAAGCGACAGUUGGUUACUCUCUUCUCUGCACCCAAUUACUGUGGCGAAUUUGAUAAUGCAGGUGCCAUGAUGAGUGUAGACGAAUCAUUGAUGUGUAGCUUCCAGAUCCUUAAACCAGCAGAAAAGAAGUCAAAAUACAUGUAUAGCGGUGCUGGAGCCGGAGGUGGUCGAUCGCAAACGCCACCUCGAGGCAAGAAGAAGAAAGAUAUGAUAUAAAGCAAUGAAUGAAUGAAUACAUUUCCACUAUUUUCUCCUCCCUCUUUAUCUGCCUUUUUCAUCUCUCUAUUCGUUUUUUCUUUUUUAAAAGCUUAUCACGUUUUUAAAUGAUAACCAAUGCCAAGAGGAUUGACUAAAUUGUAGGAAUGAAAAGUAUAUAAAAAAAAAAGUCAGAACAAAAGAAAUAAUGAUCUCCGCAUAGAUGGAAAUGGAGAUGAACCCUUUAUGAUCGUAACUCUU